AUAAAACGUUCCAUUCAAUUAUUGUAAUUAUUUUUAAAAAAUCGGCGAAUGUAUUUUGCACAAAGAUUGCUAUUAUCUACUCUAAUAUUAGCAACUAGAAGAUUCUCAACGCUAGCUCAAAAUAUGUCAGAAAUACCACAAAACAGUGCUUAUGUUCCUGGUACUCAUUCUGUUGCGUAUGUCACAACACCAAAUGAAAAAGUUGCCAAAGAAAUAGCUCAUGGACUAGUCAAACAAAAACUUGCUGCCUGUGUAAAUGUUAUCCCAAAAAUUACUUCAAUAUAUGAGUGGGAGGAUAAAAUAAAUGAAGAUUCAGAAGUUCUAAUGAUGAUCAAAACAAGAACGUCAAAAGUUGAUGCUUUAACUGAGUAUGUUAAAUCUAAUCAUCCUUAUUCUGUUUGUGAAGUAAUCUCACUACCUAUUGAGAAAGGGAAUGAUGCAUAUUUGAAGUGGAUCGGAGAGAUUGUACCUGAGAAGUAGAUAACGUUAGUGUUAACAUGUGUAAUUAUUUUCUUUUAGAAAAGUCGAACUAUUGAUAUUGUGUUAAAUUGUGUACUGAUUAAUAAAACCAAGUUACAAAUA